AUUCCCGAAGUCAAGUUGGGGUGACACACGUCACCGGCGGCAGUUAAAAACUUCGUAGCGGCGUUCGUCAAACCGUGGCGCGUUCGCGCCAUCGCGCGUAUCGCAACCACCUCCCCCUCCUCCCCCCUCCCUCACCGCUAACCAGUCGUCGCCGGUCCGCCCGUACGUACGAAAUCGCCGAUCAACGACCGUGACAUUCAAGUCGCACACAGUCGUCUAAUAACAACAAACGUAAACCUAAACGGAAGGGGCGGGCGCCGGGGGCUAAGGAGUUGCGCGCGAGGGUUGACGGGUAAAGAGUACUAGCGGAGCAGCGGCAGGUUCUCGGGCGGUUUCAAACGCGAGUUCACGUUCUUCGCGUCCGCGUGCCGUCGGUCCACGGCCGUCUCGUCGCCGGUGCACUCUCGUCGCGCGGAAUCAGCAGCCGCGUCCCCGCGCCCAGGCAUGUACCCGGCGAUCGCGGAGAUGUCGCGCGUCAGGAGCCCGUACGACCGGCCGGCGCCGACCUGCUUCCAGGUCCCCGGCACGAAGCUGAGGAACGUGACCUGCGUCCUCUGCAAGAGCAAGUUUUACGUGCCAGAUCUAGCGAAUCUCAGCGGGUCGAUGCUGAGAGGAACUCAGAUACCCUUGUUGUUGGAUUGCGGACACCCAAUAUGUAACAGAUGCAUAAGCGUGUCCAAGGGCAGAACUAAACAGUGCCCUACGUGCAAUAAGACUCUGGAGAAUUGCAAGUACCCGCUACCGUUGAAUCUAUACGCGCUGGGACUGCUCGUCUCGUCCUACCAUCGCCCAAUGGAGAAUGACGACGAACAGUUUCUGUUUCGCCACAAACUGCCCACGCACUUACGUCAGAUAGCGCAGCAAGGUUGUUGCCACGAGUGUGGGAAGCGAGCUAAUGUAAACUGUCCGCAAUGCAUGGUCCUCUACUGUUUUGCCUGCUACUCAAAAAUCCAUGGAAGGGCGUUGCAGAGUCACACACAGAUCCCGAUAUACGACGGAGGGCCCCACACUCCUGCUGCGAUCUUGAACAGUUGUUCUCCGACUUGCACUGAAGCAUUGGGCUAUUUUUGUAACGACUGUAGCGUGGCCUGUUGCUCAAAUUGCACUCUGAUCUCGCACAAACUGCACCGUUUCGUGGCGUUGUCGGAGAAGAACGAGAGCCUGCUGCCCGAGUUCAACGAAACGUUCAGGCGCAUCGAGGAUACGCUGCUGCGAGUUUGCCAGACGAAAGAGAGCAGGCAGAAGCAAAGCGGCCGCUUACGUACAAGUUUCGAAUUGGGAGCAAUGAGUUCGAACCAAGGUCUUUGUAAGUACUGCUUAUUGCGAUUAAUAUGACCACAUACCUCAGUGGUCGAAUUGGUGAGACGCCCGCCU